AUGCGUUUCUCCGUUCUCACUGCCGCUGGACUCAUCGGCGCUGCUGUCGCCGCCCCGGCGCCUGGCUCCGCCCCCCUCGCCUUUGACGAUGUCAUCGUCGUUGGCGAGGACGGCGCCCACACCGUCAUGAAGGCCGCCGAGUACGACGCCCUCGAGCGCCGCGCUGCUCUUCCCGUUGCUUCCUCCCCCUCCCUCGACGAUGUCCUCGCCCGCCGUGGCUGCGAAGAGUCCACCGAGGUCCAGGUCCUCUCGGACGAGCAGUUCCUCAACUGGGACGUCGCCGUCUCCCCUGUCGUCAGCGCCGCCGGCAACGACGUCGCCGUCUCUAUCGACAGCGGAUACUCCCUGUCCAACUCUGUCAGCGUUACCGCUGGCGCGAAAUACACCCUUGUCAAGGAUAUCCUCGACAUCUCUCUGUCCGUCAGCUACUCCCAGACCUGGACCACAACUCAGUCCCAGAACCUUCGUUUCACCGUUCCCGAUGGCCAGUACGGCCUCGUCGUCUCUCAGCCCAACGUCCGCCGUGUCAUCGGCAACGUCUUCUCCGGAUGCACCGACAGCCCCACCGUCACUGGCUUCACCUCGGACAGUUACUCUGACCAGUCCUACGGCAACCUCGCCUGGGUCAAGGGUGUCAUCCGCCUCUGCAAUAGCACCUCUUACCCCGUCCCCUACUGCAUCGGCCAGGGCGAGCACCGAUAA